AUGGCAGUAUCAACAUUCGUCACGGGGACGCGCCCUGUUCUAGUUGCAGUCCUCUCCGCGGUUGCAUACCUAGCAGGCGCCGUGAUAUACCGACUCUUCUUUGCACCAUUAUCAAAAAUUCCUGGCCCCAAACUCACAUCAGUGACAUCGCUAUGGGUCAUGUACCAUGAAUUCAAGGGCGACAGAACUGUUGAGAUUGACAGACUUCAUUCUCAGUAUGGACCGGUGGUGCGAGUCUCGCCAACAGAAGUCUCAUUCAACAACUACGACGGCUUAAGGGAGAUCUAUGGCAUCAAGUCGACUUUCUCCAAGAGCUCUUUCUACGACCUGUUCGUAUACUAUGAUGAGCGGAACACUUUCACGAGUCUUGACAAGCCAAAUCACUCGGCCAAGAAGAGGCUCGUCGCAGAUCGGUAUACCAAGAGCUACGUGAUGCAGCCUUCCGUUGCCGACAAGGUCCGCGAGCAUGCUGCGGCAUUCAUGAAGCAAGCGUCAGCUCAACCUGUCCUUGACAUCUACACAUGGCUACACUACUAUGCCCUGGACGCUAUCACAAACCAUCUCUACGGCAUCUACGGCACCCAGACCCUGUCCAACCCAGAGUACAGAGGGAUCGUCUACGACCUCUCCGGCGUCAAGCACCGCACCCGUCUAUACAUGCUCCACUACUUCGGCUGGUACAUGUGGCUCACCUCACAACUCAAACUGGCAGUGCGCAAGCUCAGCGGCCAAAGCACUCAAUUCCACGUCCGCGGCAACCGCCUCAACGACUACGGUCAAGACAGCGUCUCAUCCUUCCGUCGCGACCAGACCACCAAAGACACCAUCUCCACAUGCGCCAAACUCUUCAGCCAGAUCCCCAACAACGAACCCGCCAUCGCCGCCGAGUGUAUGGACCACCUGGUCGCGGGCGUCGACACCACCGGCGACGCAAUGUGCAUACUGAUGUGGCGCAUCUCCACGCCCGAGUACAAACACGUCCAAGACACGCUCUUCGCCGAACUAUCCAGUAUCAAAGACCAAUUCGACCCGACCACCAAAACCGCACCAAUUGCCGCACUCGAGAAACUGCCAUACCUCGACGCCGUGAUCCACGAGGCCAUGCGCUGGCGUCCGCCGGUCCCAAUGACACUCUUCCGCAUCGUACCUCCCUCCGGCGCCCUGAUAUCAGGCCAGGUCAUCCCCGGCGGCACCACAGUCGGAUGCCAAGCGUACAGUCUUCACCGAGUCGAAGAGGUCUUCCCUAACCCCGACCUCUUCGAUCCCACACGGUGGUUGACCGAAGACGUGGCGCACCUGGCUGCCAUGCGUAACCACUUCUGGCCCUUCAGCUCCGGUGGGCGUAUGUGCCUGGGACACAACCUCGCUAUGGUCGAAAUGAAGUUGAUCGUUGCCGCCGUGUACAUGCACUACACGACGCGGGCGACGCCUGAGGUCACGGAGGAGAGUAUGCGCAUGGACGACCAGUUGACGAGUGGGGUGCCUUAUGCGCUGAGCUGUCCAUUGGAAUUCGUCGCGCGAUGA